AACCGUACUGACCUUAAAGUUAGUGCCUUUUCAGAAUUGCAGAUUGAGAGGGAGAGAUACCAGAGCCCCUGGAUGUCUCUGCUUCUCUAUCUGACCCAAAGCCAAAGCUAGCGACUUGUUUGUUUCCUGGUAAAAUUUGGAUCACGGGAAGUCAAACCCGAGAUGGUUUUGACGGAAUACUUGAGGACAGUCGCUUGGGAGGAAGAAGGCUACCCAGCAUAUGAAGAUUUCGUAAUUCUUCCUCUGUUCGUCCUCUACUUCCCAACUGUCCGAUUUUUUCUGGAUAGAUUCGUCUUUGAGAAAUUGGGGAGGCGGUUCAUUUUUGGAAAGGGCCUUCAGAAACAGGAUGUAAAAACUUAUGAACAAAGGAAGAAGAUUAGAAAAUUCAAGGAGUCAGCAUGGAAAUGCAUAUAUUUUCUUUCAGCAGAGUUUCUAGCCCUUCUUGUAACUUAUGAUGAGCCUUGGUUUACGAAUACAAAAUACUUUUGGGUAGGACCGGGAGACCAGGUCUGGCCUGACCAGAAAAUGAAGUUGAAAUUGAAGGGGGUUUAUAUGUAUGGUGCUGGAUUUUACACAUACUCCAUAUUUGCUUUGAUUUUCUGGGAAACAAGGCGUUCCGACUUUGGGGUAUCCAUGAGCCAUCAUGUAGCAUCUGUCAUUCUCAUUGUGCUGUCUUACAUUUUCAGGUUUGCCCGUGUAGGUUCAGUUGUUUUAGCUCUUCAUGAUGCCAACGAUGUGUUUUUGGAGGUAGGGAAGAUGUCCAAAUACAGUGGUGCUGAAAGGACUGCUAGCGUUGCGUUUAUUCUUUUUGUAUUGUCUUGGAUCAUACUGCGACUCGUUUACUAUCCAUUCUGGAUCCUUUGGAGUACAAGCUAUGAAGUUCUCCUGACAUUGGACAUGGACAAACACUCUAUAGAUGGACCAAUUUAUUACUAUGUGUUCAAUACUCUCCUAUACAGCUUUCUUGUUAUUCACAUAUUCUGGUGGGUCUUGAUGUAUCGGAUGCUUGUUAAACAAAUCCAAGCAAGAGGCCAGCUUAGUGACGAUGUUCGGUCAGAUUCUGAAGGCGAAGAAGAUGAUCACGAAGAUUAACUGAGAAACAUAAUAUACAGCCACACUGUGACCCUCAGGCAAAGGUGCUCUUAAAUUUUAGUAGCACAUGUCAUAUACGAAAAGAAACGAGACACCUAAAAACUGCUGUAUGCUUUAUUUCCGUUGCUAGUUAGACCAAGGUAUGUAGUUUCAUUUUUCCUGCAGAUGAGGAACAUCUUACGUUCACACACUCGAUGUACUCUUUCGAUGGUGAAACUAUUUUGGUGGAAGAAGCGCGUCGUGAUUGCAGGGAUGAUAAGUUAACCGAGAUACAAUACGGAAGCAGGUUGCAUGAACAGAGUGGCAAGGGUGCAGAAGUUUGGUUCUGAGUUCUGACUCAGCUCUCCCUUCACUGCCUUCAAUUUGAAUCUGCUGGCAUGAUUGAUAUGCUAAUGCAAGGAAUUUCAUGUGUAAUUGCUACUGUAAUAUUUGUGCACUUUUUCGAGUCAGCUGCAAGGUUUUUGUGAAUACAAUGGAUCAUUUCUUUUCUAAAGCAUCCGUGAUUUGCAAAAAA